GUGAUCUCGAAGCACCUUUGGUACUUUGGGCAGAGGAGAGGAGAGGAGACUGAAGACCGGGAUCCUACGGGUCACCGAGAGGGGUUAGACAGGCGGAAAACGAGAGCCUGCAAAUAUUGGCCGCAGUGGGAGCCCCAGCAGGCUCCAGGGAGAGAGCCAGCCUACGGUCUUACUUCCUCCGCCGCUCCGCGGACAGGACUGUGCACCUGGUGUUCUCCGAUCCCUGCCUGCGGUGAGCGGCCAGACCCAGGAGCAGCUAACUCAGCAGGCCUGGCCUUCUGCCUUCGGGUAACAAAGCGUGGGGUCCCUAGAAUUGAGAGAGGGCAGAAAGGUGGUCGGAGGCCCCUGGCCCCCAGCGGCAGCGUGGACUGCAUCUUCUGAGCUCUCCCGCCUGAGGUCUCCACCCCGGCCCACAGAGCCAAACAAUGAAGAGGAGGCUGGUGGUGGGGCUGGUCCUGGUCAUCGCUGCCAUCAUAGCCCUGAUAGUGGGGCUCGUCCUGGGCCUGCGUGGCAGCCAAGCCACUUCCCACGUCUACAGGACAGCCGCUGUGGCCACCGAUGCCAGGAAGUGCUCUGAGAUUGGAAGGGAUGUGCUGUGGGACGGCGGCUCGGCGGUAGAUGCGGCCAUCGCAGCUCUCCUCUGCGUGGGGCUCAUGAAUGCUCACAGCAUGGGCAUUGGCGGGGGCCUCUUCUUGACCAUCUACAACAGCACCACCGGAAAAGCUGAAAUCAUCAAUGCCAGAGAGGUGGCUCCUAGGAACUCAUUUCCCUCUAUGUUCAAUAACUCGAAGGACUCCCAGGAAGGGGGCCUGUCCGUGGCUGUCCCUGGGGAGAUCCGCGGCUACGAGCUGGCCCACCAGCGGCACGGCAGGCUGCCUUGGGCCCGCCUCUUCCAGCCCAGCAUCCAGCUGGCCCGAGAGGGCUUUCCGGUGGGCAAGGCCCUGGCAACUGCCCUCUUCAAGCGGCGGGAGAUCAUUGAGAGCAGGCCUGGGCUCUGCCAAGUGUUCUGUAAGGAUGGGAAGAUUCUGAAAGAGGGCGAGCCGGUGAGGAUGCCCCAGCUGGCCGUGACCUACGAGAAGCUGGCCCAGGAGGGUGCAGACGCCUUCUACACUGGGAGUCUGGCCCAACAGAUUGUCCAGGAUGUCCGGACAGCAGGGGGGAUACUGAGUCUGGACGACCUGAGCAGCUACCGGGCUGAGCUGAUCACGAACCCCCUGAACUUCACCUUGGGCGACCACAUCGUCUACACACCCAGCGCGCCCCUGAGCGGCCCCGUGCUCAGCCUCAUCCUGAAUGUCCUCAAAGGGUACAACUUCUCAGCGGCAAGCGUGGACAGGAAGCAGAAAGGCCUGACCUACCACCGCAUUGUGGAGGCCUUCCGCUUUGCCUAUGCCAAGAGGACACUCCUGGGGGACCCCAAGUUUGUGAAUGUGUCUGGCGUGAUCCAGAACAUGACCUCAGAGCACUUUGCCAACCAGCUCCGGGCUCGGAUCACCGACAAUGAGACACACAAUUCUAACUAUUAUGAGCCUGAGUACUUCACACCCGAUGACGGGGGAACGGCUCACUUGUCUGUGGUGGAUGCGGACGGCUCUGCCGUGUCUGCUACCAGCACCAUCAAUCUCUACUUUGGUUCCAAGAUUCUGUCUCAGAGCAGUGGCAUUGUCUUCAAUGAUGAGAUGGAUGACUUCAGCUCCCCCAACAUCAUCAACGACUUUGGGGUCCCCCCAUCCCCAGCCAACUUCAUUCAACCAGGCAAACAGCCUCUUUCUUCCAUGUGCCCUACGAUCGUGGUGGGUAAGGACAAGAAGGUCAGAAUGGUGGUUGGUGCGUCCGGUGGCACCCAGAUCACCACGGCCACAGCCUUGGCAAUCAUCAACCACUUCUGGUUUGGCUACGAUGUGAAGAGGGCUGUGGAGGAGCCACGGCUACACAAUCAGCUCCUCCCAAACACCACCACGGUGGAGGAUGAGUUGGAAAAGGAUGUGGGGUCCGAGCUCAGGGACCGGAAACAUAUCACUGAGACUAAGACUAAGACUGAUGACUUCAUUGGUGUGGUUCAGGCCAUUGUGAGCACCCCUAAGGGCUGGGCUGCUGCCUCAGACUCCCGCAAGGGCGGGGUGCCCGCCGGUUACUGACUGAGCCAGGCCUGGGCAGAGACGCCAGGACUUGGGGACAGGGAGGAUGAGGGGCAGGGCAGGGUGUCCCUUGUUCUGUAUCUGACAAGCUGCUGAUUCAGGCAAUAAAUGAGCUG